AUGAAGAAUGCUGAAAGUUUAAGCGCAACCAAUGAUGAACUUUUGACAAUUACAAAUGAGGAGCAUAACGAGGACAUCAUGGCAAUUUCUUGGGAAAGGAAGGGUAGCAAGAUUCUAUUGGGAGACAAAACAAGUUGUGAUGUUUUAGGCAUGGGAAUAAUGAAGAUCAAGAUGCAAGAUGGUGUUGUUAAGAGACUUAGUGAUUGGUGGAGUGAAGGUGAUGGUGAAAGAGAUGGAGGUGGAGGUGAAGGUGGUGGUGGUGGCGUUGUUAGCAUAGUGGUGGUAGUGGUAUUGGUUGUGGAGGUGGUGGUGGUGGUGACGAUGGUUGUGGAGGUGAUGAAUGUGGUUGUGGAGGCGAUGAAUGUGGUGGUGGAGGUGGUGGAGUUAGAUGUGAAAGUGGAGGUGGUGUCAUUUUUUAAAAUGAAUUAUGGUAUUUUGGGAAUUAAAAAAAUUCAUUGA